UACAACUUCAGCUCCUAUGACAACCACAACACCUACAACAACUCAUCUACCUCAACCACAACAGCUGCCCCUACGACAACAACUGCAGCCCUAACUACAACAACUGCUGCUCCUACGACCACUACAACUCCAGAACCUACUACGACAACCAGUGCAGCUCCUACUACAACAACUGCUGUUCUUACGACCACAACGACUGCAGCACCUUCUACAACAACUACAACUUCAGCUCCUACGACAACCACAACACCUACAACAACUGUAGCUCCCACGACAACUGCAGCUACUACAGCAACUUUAGCAUCUACUUCAACGACAGCAGCUGCCCCUACGACAACCACUGCAGCCCUACCUACAACAACUGCUGCUCCUACGACCACUACAACUCCAGAACAUACUACGACAACCACUUUAGCAUCUACCUCAACCACAACAGCUGCCCCUACGACAACAACUGCAGCCCUAACUACAACAACUGCUGCUCCUACGACCACUACAACUCCAGAACCUACUACGACAACCAGUGCAGCUCCUACUACAACAACUGCUGUUCUUACGACCACAACGACUGCAGCACCUUCUACAACAACUACAACUUCAGCUCCUACGACAACCACAACAGCAACACCCAUAACAACUGUAGCUCCCACGACAACUGCAGCUCCUACUACAACUUUAGCAUCUACUUCAACCACAGCAGCUUCCCCUACGACAACCACUGCAGCCCUAACUACAGCAACUGCUGCUCCUACGACCACUACAACUCAAGAACCUACUACGACAACCACCCUAACUACAACAACAUCUGCUCCUACAACCACUACAACUCCAGAACCUACUACGACAACCACUGCUGCUCCUACUACAACAACUGCUGUUCUUACGACCACAACGACUGCAGCACCUUCUACAACAACUACAACUUCAGCUCCUACUACAACCACAACAGCAACACCUACAACAACUGUAGCUCCCACGACAAAUGCAGCUCCUACAACUUUAGCAUCUACUUCAACCACAGCAGCUGCCCCUACGACAACCACUGCAGCCCUAACUACAACAACUGCUGCUCCUACGACAACUACAACUCCAGAACCUACUACGACAACCACUCCCACGACAACUGCAGCUCCUACUACAACUUUAGCAUCUACUUCAACCACAGCAGCUGCCCCUACGACAACCACUGCAGCCCUAACUACAACAACUGCUGCUCCUACGACCACUACAACUCCAGAACAUACUACG